GCGGAACUGGGUAUCAAUGAGCAUCACCAGUUGCAAGUAUUUAACUACAUUCGUUUCGCGAGAUAUCAGAGAGGUCAACGGUUGCGUGCUGUUGAAGCCUGCUUUGAGGAGCUUAAAGAUAGCAGACUUACAGAUGAUACCUUCACUAUCGACGAAGUCACAGACAUGCUGGACGGACUGCUGGCCGUGGUCAGGUCCGAGGUAGAGAAUGAACUCAUCAACACAGCUCACACAAACGUUCUCAUGACUCGUCAGAUGUGCCAGCAGGCAGAGAAGUGGCAUCUCAAACUGUCAACAGAUAUAUCGGAACUGGAGAAUAGGGAAUUAUUGGAGCAAAUACGAGAAAUUGAGGAGAGAGAGUUUUCCGGAUCAAGAAAGGAAAAGGAGUUUGUGCCCAGUAAACUGAUGCCAAUUAAUGAUACAGGACUAACACAGCUGCUCAACAGGAAAAUCAGCGAGCUUCAGUCAGAAAAUGAAAUGUUGCUUCAACGGCUCUCAAAGUAUGAUAAAGACUUUACCACUAACUAUCAGCAGACGAAGAGUUUGACAGCAGAUCUUGAGCAUAUGCAGGCAGAGCUGAGAGCAAAGGGAACAAGGCCUGAAGCAACUUCAGAAGAAGUAGCAGAAAUGACCCGACGGAUGGCGGAACUACAGUCACAGAUUGAUCAGGAGCGCAAGAAAGGCCAGAUGUCUGUUCAGGAUGCAGAGAAGGAAGUGGCAAAUACAAAACAUGAAUUGCUCAGAAUAAGAGAGAUGUUAGAAUUGGCAGAAAAGGAGCUUGAGAAGAAGGUCAGUCAGACAGCUCCUUUCAAGAAUCUCAAACAGAUGUUGCAGCGGAAGAAUGACCAAAUGAAAGAUCUUCGCAAGCGUCUUUCAAAAUACGAAGCUGUUGAGGACAACUAA